GAUUAUUAGGAUGAGCAUCCAACCUGAGCUUAUAAGAAACUCUUUUCAGUAUUGGAAGGAAACAUUUCACCAUUGAACUCUUUUUUGUAAGCUGUACUUGUUUAGGAAGUUUAAAGAUAACAAAUUUUAUUAAGAGUAAACAACAAUUUAGACCAUGUAAUAUAGUAUUAGUUUCUGUUUUUUUUUUUAAGGAUUAAUUUAUUGCAUACAAAUGUCGAGGAAAAAUUAACAUCUCAUGCAAAUUUGAAAAUUUUAAGUUAAAUUAAUCUAAAUAAAUAAUGUAAAACGACUAGGAUUAAUUUGAACUUAAGUUUAAGUUGAAAAUUUUAGAAUGCAAUUAUGAAUAAGAUAAAGACGAAUAAUAGUAAAUUUAGAGCAUGAGAUGAUGGCAAGUGAAGUGUGAGGUCCAUUAAUUGACUUUCUUUGUUAUUUUAGCUUUAAAAAGGAAUAAUCAUUAUCAAAAGCUUUCACUGAAAAACAACUUUAUCUUAGGGCUCUGUUUGCAUUCUAAAAGAUGAUGGCUACACGUCUCUGAAUUUCAUCACAAUAUAUGCUUUUGGCUUCCCCUCCCCUUUGGGCAGAGAAUUUCAUCAAUCGUCGUUUCUUUUAUUAGUUAUGCUCCAUUGAUCUCUCACAUUAUAUGCAUUCAAUUAAAAGUAUUUAUUACAUACAUUUGGAUUUAUACACUCUACUAAUGAGGAAAUAAUAUAUUAAUUAAAAUUAUGGCAGGUUUCAUAAUCUAGCAAAUGAUUUUUAGAGAGUUCCCAAUGAAAAAUGAACCCAAACUAGCCGAUAAAGAAGAAGAGCUAACUGGCUAGCUCUUCUGCUCGGGAAAGAAGAAAUCAUUUGUAAAGGUUUGAACCAAUCGUUUGGCAAUCAGUUACAAUUGAAAAACCCAAUCAUCUUCCCUUGAAGACUUGAAAUUCAUCAGUUACAAGCUGAAGCUAGAUAGCCUUCUCAUCUCCUUCGCUUAUCUUCUAUAUAAACCUAUUCACACCCUCAUUGCUAAGCAUCCACAAUCAGACUUUGAAAGAAAAUUUGUGAUCUUGUUUUAUAAUGGGUUUGAGGAUUACGUCCCUCCUUUUGGGUCUCACAUGGCUAAUGGUAAGCUAUGCAACUGCAACUAGCAGAGAAAUUCCCAUGAAACCAUCUGCUGCUGCUGCUGCUGCUUCAGGCUACAAAGUUAACGACCUUUCUGCAAGACUUGCAACCAGCGGCGGCAUGGUUGAGUGCUGGGAUGCAUUGCUGGAGAUGAAAUCAUGCUCAAAUGAGAUCAUUUUAUUUUUUCUUAAUGGGCAGGCUGAUUUAGGAGCCGAAUGUUGCGGUGCCAUCGGUAUUAUAACUCACAAUUGCUGGCCUGCUAUGCUUUCUUCACUUGGUUUUACUGCUGAGGAAGGAAACAUUCUUGAAGGCUAUUGCGACACUACAGAUUCUCCUUCUAGCAGUCCCGCCGCUUCUCCCCCUCUUCCUGCUGGGGCUCAGCCCAAUUCCACGGCGAUGGCCUUGGACUAGACAAAAGGGUUGUCCAAGUAUUUCAGUUUUCUAUACUAAGGGUCCUGAUUUUCGCCUUUGGUUUGGUUUAUGUUUCUUCGUUUCCCAAGUUGAGUCUUUCUGAUCAUAAUCAGUGUCCAUCUUGUUCUACACUUUAUUAUCUAUAAUUUCUGAAAUACAGUGUUAUAUGCCAACCUCAACCUCUAACUAAUUAUAAUUAAG